AACAAAAAAAUAUUUUAUUAUGGCUGGUAGUCAUUUGCAAUAUCAAACAAUUGAUGUGGACGUUGUGUCGCCUGUUCCAGAGCCGGACGAAUUAUCUUGUCUGUUGACCAAUACAACUCCGAAAGAUUCCAAAUGGACAAGAUUAACCAAAAGUCGGGCUUUUAGUUUACUGCCUUCUUUUUUACUUGGUACAACAAUCUGGUUUGGCGUUACACCUACUGAAGAGCUAACGGUGACAGCCAUUCAUUUAUUAGCCGUAUUUUCGAGUUGCAUAUUUGCGCUGAUUACAACAUCUGUCGAUAUAUCGAUGCUUGUCCUCACUGGUCUUACACUACUGGCAGUAACGCAUUCAUUUGAAUGUGUGGAUCAUGCCACAGGAUUGAUGACCGAAUGUAGAUUAUGUGGUGAAACCGAUCCUUUAUCGGGAGAAAUUUUUGAUUGUAAGCCUGGAAAGGAAUCUUUCAAGCAAUCUCUUGAAGGUUUUUCGAGCUCAGUUGUAUGGCUUAUUUUUGCCGCUUUUCAUCUUGGUAAGGCUGUAGAGAUCACAAAAUUGGGUCGCAGGUUGUCCUUGAUGAUGAUCAAGGCGUUUGGUAAACAUACACUAGGUCUUGCUUAUGCUAUUGUAUUUUCUGAAUUAAUAUUGGCUCCUUUCGUGCCAAGCAAUACUGCCCGUGGUGGUGGAAUUGUACUGCCCGUUGUGCAUUCAAUCGCAACAACAUUAGGUUCUACGCCCAACGUUAAUCCUGAAAUUGGUAGCUUCCUUAUUCUUGUUGGCAGCCAUGCUAACCUUUUAUCGGCUUCCAUGUAUCUCACAGGAAUGGCUGCAAACCCUAUUGUUGUAGCUAAGGCCAAUCAAUUGUUCCCUGAUAUCAAUUUUGGGUUCAUGACCUGGCUUCAGGGAAGCAUUGUGCCCGCAUUAGUUUGCGCCAUUUUUAUCCCAUUGAUCAUCCGUAGAAGUUUGGGCUUAAAUACUGGUAGACCCGAAAGAGGAAAGCAUGCAAGAGAGGGUGACAAUGUUAUACAACAUGCUCAGAUGGAACUGAAUAAAAUGGGUCCUGUCUCACUGAAGGAAUGGCAACUUUGUUUUGUUCUUUUGUCUUGUUUAGGUAUGUGGGUCACAUCCAACAUGACACAACUUGAUUCCACACUGGUUGCAUUGAUUGGUAUUGUGGCUCUUUUACAUAUGGGAACUAUUACAUGGAAAGAUGUUUCAAGCAACACAAAUGCAUGGGAUACUCUAUUUUGGUUAGGAGGUUUUGUUACUAUUGCUCAUCAAUUAUCUCAAGCCGGAGCUUCUUCUUACCUUGGACAUAAGAUUUCCUUUGCAAUCCAACAUUUUAACUUACCCCCUGUCCCUGCUCUUGCAGUCUCCUACUUUUUGACCACGUUUAUGUUUUCUUCUUUGAGUGCUCACACUGUAGCAUUUGUCGGUACCUUUUUGGAUGCGGGUCAUGCAUUAGGUGCGCAUCCAAUGAUGUUGACCGCAUUCAUUUCAUACUUUGGUGCUCUUGGUGGUUGUAUGACCAACUUCUCUACAGGUAGCGCAGCCAUGUACUAUGCGCCUGGUUAUGUUGCCCGCACAAAAUGGUUUAUUGUUGGUGCCCAAUUAGCAGUAUUUUACUUGGUAGUUUACUUUACUGUUGGUGUUACAUGGUGGGGUUUCUUGGGUUGGUUAUAGACAAGUUUAUCAGUGAACGUUAGAAUAAAAUUUCGAUCAGC